AUGGCGCGGCAGAGUGACGCAGUGGGAUCGCGGGGUGCCGCGACAGGAGCGCCCCCGCCCCCGCCGCUGAGCGCGAGCGUGCGUGGGAUGCGCCGCAACUGGAAGUACGCGGCUAUCUGCCAGUUCCUCAUCACCUUUGACGAGGCGCUGCAGCUCGACGGGUUCACGACGCAGGGGCUCGAAGACGCGCUCGACCGCAUGCAGAUGUCGUACCUCGACGCGCUGUUUUUUAAGCUUCUGCACGCCUUGACGCAGGACCGCCACCUGACGGAGGAGAACUGGGGCGCGAGCCUCCGCACGCAGUGGAAUCGCCGCGCGGCGGACGACACGCCGCUCGUCCUGGGCACGGACGAGGAGCCGGUCGAGUGGACCGCGCUCACGCUCGACCAGCAGCUCGACACGCUGCAUGCGCUGUGCGAGUGGCAGCUCGAGAACCCGGACCGCCUGCGCCGCCUCGUCGGCACCGACGAGGACGCCAUCAGCUGGCGCGUCGACCCUGCGGGCUGGGACCGCGAGGGAAAUACCUACUGGCUCUUUGACGACAACCGCCUCUGGGUGCAGCGCGUGCCGAAGCGCGCGCCCAAGCGCAAGGCGGCGAAGCAGCCCAAGCGCCAGGCCAAGAAAAAGGCGGCGCCCCCACCGCGCCCGUCGGGACGCCGCUCGUCGCGCCUGAGCAAGGGCGCCGAGGCAGAGUGGGAGGAGGUGCCCCCAGAGAUCCUCAAGCCGGAGGACGUAUUUGACAGCGACUCGGAGUUGUCGCAGCCCCCGUCGGAGGACGAAAGCGAGUGGGUGGAAUUCGAGACGGUCUGCGUCUCGCUCCAGGAGUGGAAGGCGUUCCUGGAGAGGUUCGCCUCUCUCAAGCACCCAGACGAACGCGUUCUUUACAGCUACCUCGCCAAGGAAGUUUUCCCGCGUGUAGAAGAGGUGCUGGUCGCCGAGCAGCGCAAGCAGGCGCUCGAGGAGGCCAUGUCGCACCGGAAGCGCAGCAGCCGCAUCGCCAUGAAGGAGAGCGAGCGCGAGGUCAAGGAGCGCGAGCUCGCCGAGGCGCGUGCCGCACGUGUGCGCGCCGUGGCCGAGCUGCGUGAGCGCGAGGAGCGCGAGGCGCGUGAACAGGCCGAGACACACACACGCCGCUCGCGCGAAGAGCGCCUGCGCGACCGCGAGGAGCGCCUGCUCGCACGCGAGCGCAUGGCGAUCGAGCGCUCGCGCAGCGACACGCCCGCGGACCGCAGCGAGUCCGCGCUGGACCGCAAGGAUACCCAAGCCACCGACGCGUCCAGCGACUGGUUCCUGCACUGUGAAGUGUGUGGCGAAGACGCCAAGAACCCGCAGAAUGCAGAUAAUGUCGUGGCAUGCGAGCGCUGCGGCGUCUGGCAGCACACCGAGUGCUGGGACCGCAAGGACAAGGAGCAGGGACAGCCGCCGCGCAACUGGGACAAGGUCGACUUUUACUGCGGCGCAUGCCGCGAGCACUCGUCGCACUACCAGUCAAAUCAGGUGUAUACCACGCACCCGCAGUCGAUUGGCACGUCGCACAUGGGCAACAACAUGCCGGUCCAGGACCGACUGCUGAUGUUUAUGUCGACGCGCCAGCCGGUCGCGACCUCGGCACCGCUCACGCCGUCGUACAGGGCCGACUACCACGGGUCGGCCGCGUCGCACAAUACGUUCUUUGCGCCGUCGCUCGAGAUGGAGCCGUCGGGGCGCCACUUUAUGGGCCUGCCCCAGCUCCACUCGCAGCCCGUGAUGCCGAACGGGGCGAUGCCGAGCACAGCGCCGAAUAUGCCAAACAUGUCACCCAUUGCACUGCUGCGGCGCGGAAAUGGGGAGGCGAACGAGCUCCCGCAGGACCGCCAUGCGCCGCUCCUCGCGCAGUAUGCACAGGAGCCAGGCGGUGUGCGGCGCGUGCAGCCAAAAGAGGCCGGUGCGAGUGAGUCUACGGGUGCUACGUCGGAGCCUCGCGCGUCCGAAAACACGGCACCCGGCCGCACGGCGUCGGACACGCCUUCCGGCGAUGCGCCCCCGGCCGGCGCCGCUCCGCUUCCCCCCGUCUCGAUGGGUGCCCCUCUUUCGAUCUCUUCCCACGCCAGCGAAGGCACGCCGCGCUCCCAGCCAGUGGACGCACACCUGCAGGCCGUGACGGGCACGUCGCCGAAGCGUGCGGCGCCCUCGCGCUCGCCGCAGCGGUCGCCCUCUGGCUCAUUUCCCCUGCGCCGCAACACGCUCCCUUCGCCGCUGUCGCGUGCAAUCAAUCCGGCUGGCAGUGUCCCCCCCAUCCAGCUCGACACGCCCGCCGAAGCGCUCCCCUCUGCGCCGAGCGCCCCGCAUACCACCGUGUAG